AUGGCGAAUUGUGGCCGAGUAUUUGAGAAGAAGUGGAAUUUACCCCACUGUUUAGGGGCAAUGGAUGGCAAACAUGUUGUCUUUUGGUCACCUCUACGAUUAGGGUCAUACUUCUACAACUAUAAGGGUACCCAUAGUUUAGUUCUCUUUGCACUGGUCGAUGCAGAUUAUAAAUUAUUGAUGGUUGACGCUGGAACGAAUGGUCGUGUGGGAGAUGGAGGCGUCUUUAGAAAGAGUGACCUGAACAAAGCCAUGAACGAUGGAACAAUUAAUUUCCCAAAGGAUGAACUCCUACAAAGUUGCAAUACACCCAUCCCCUACUUUUUCGUAGCGGACAAAGCCUUCCCUCUCCAGAGGGACAUCAUGAAGCCGUAUCCGUUCCGGAAUCUUGAUGUUGAGGAACGGGCAUUUAACUACCGACUGAGCAGGGCCAGACGUGUUGUCGAGAAUGCGUUUGGUAUUCUUGCGAACCGUUUCAGAGUGUUCCUCUCCCCCGAAUUGCUGUCUCCUGAGAAGGUUCAGCUGAUAAUUCUUGCAGCUUGUGCCCUACACAACUUUCUUCGAGUCACGAAUACCAACCGGUACUUCCCCCCGAGUUCUGUUGACAGGGAGGACAUGAACCUCGGUGUUAUAGUCAAGGGCGAUUGGAGAGAUGUUAAGAAAUCAGAGGAGGCCUACGAAGACAUUACAUGUCAAGCUGGCAACAGGUAUGCCAAAGAUCCUCAGGCCCAAAAAAACGAAUUAUGCCGUUAUGUGAAUGGUAUCGGCAAAGUGCCAUGGCAAGAUAAAUUUUUGUAG